AUGGCUUUGUGUAAAUGCUUUGGUUAUCCGGAUUUUUUUAUAACCAUAACAUGCAAUCCCAAAUGGCCAGAAGUUCAACGCUUUCUCAAAGACACCAAUCUCAGUCCGGAAGAUAGGCCUGAUAUCCUUUCCAGAGUGUUCAAAAUUAAGCUUGAUUCAAUUUGCAAAGAUUUAAAAAAGAAUCAUCUAUUUGGCAAAGCUUCAGCAGUUGUUUACACAAUCGAGUUUCAAAAACGUGGUUUGCCUCAUGCCCAUUUAUGCUUAUUCAUGGAGCCUGAAUCGAAAUUACCUACGGUGGACCAUGUUGAUGCAUUUAUAUGCGCAGAAAUACCAGACAGAAAUCAAGAUCCAGAAUUAUUCAUGCUUGUGAAAGAAUAUAUGAUACACGGUCCAUGUGGUAAUGCUAGGUUGAGCUCUCCAUGUAUGGUUGAUAGGAAGUGUUCAAAAGGAUUUCCCAAAGACUUUCAAGAUCAUACUACACUAGAUUCAAACGGGUUUCCAUUAUACAGAAGGAGAAACAAUGGCGCUUUUGUUGUGAAAAAUAAAAUUGACCUUGAUAACAGAAGUGUGGCCGCUUCGAUAAAGUAUCUGUUUAAAUACAUUAAUAAAGGGCCUGAUAGAGCCACUAUAGCUGUUGUGCAAAGCGAUAAUCAAUCUGAAGAACAAGUACAAGACGAGAUAAAAGAGUAUUACGAUUGUCGGUAUAUAUCAGCUUGCGAAGCAUCUUGGAGGAUAUUUGCCAAUGAAGUACAUUAUAGAAGACCUUCUGUUAUGAGGCUUCCGUUCCAUCUACCUGGCCAACAACCUGUUGUUUUCGACCCUGACGAGGAUAUUAACUAUGUUCUAAACAAACCAUCUGUUAAAUCUUCAAUGUUUCUCUCAUGGAUGGAACGGAAUAAAGACCCAAAUGACACGUUGGCCCGUACACUUACAUAUGUUCAGUUCCCCAAUUUUUAUGUUUGGAAGCUUGAUAAGCGAGUCUGGAAACCUAGACAAAGGAAAACAGCAAUUGGCAGGAUUCAUUCCGUCCCUCCGUCACUAGGUGAAGCUUAUUUUUUGAGAAUUCUGCUUAACAAGUUAUUAUUUAAUCUCGGUUAUGUUAUUAUGAUGAAUUUGAUAUAUUUUUCGUAUUGCACAACGUUAUCAAUUCCGGAGCACCAACUGAAAAACUAUGCUUUGUGCGAGAUUGAGAAGUUUUUACUGCGAAAUAAUUCAUCCUUGCGAAGAUUUCAAACAAUGCCAUUUCCAGAUACGUCGUCUUCAGGUAGUUCAGAUAGUCGUUUGAUAUACGAGGAGCGGGCCUAUGAUACAACACACCUUGGAAAUCUUUACGAUAGUCAGUUGACAAUGUUAACUGAUGAACAACGCUCUGUGUUUGAAGAAAUUAUGGCAGCAGUUUAUGGUAAAACAUUUCUAUGGAAGACAUUGUCCGCUGCAAUUAGAUCAAAAGGUCAAAUCGUCUUAAAUGUUGCUUCAAGUGGAAUUGCAUCGUUGUUGUUAGAUGGUGGCAGGACUGCACAUUCCAGGUUUAACAUACCUUUGAAUCUUACUGAAGACUCUGUAUGUAAUAUAAAACCAGAAAGUGACGUGUCUAAAUUACUGCAUGAGAUGAAAUUAAUAAUUUGGGAUGAAGCACCUAUGGUACACAAACAUGCAUUCGAAGCGCUGGAUAGAACAAUGAAUGACGUUUUCAACAUCGACCCAUCUCUCAAUUCAGACAUCCGGUUUGGAGGUAAGGUAAUUGUUUUUGGUGGCGAUUUUAGACAAAUAUUACCUGUCGUUCCAAACGGUGGAAGACAAGAGAUUUUUAAUGCCUCCUUAUGUUCGUCUUACUUGUGGAGUAAAUGUAAAUUGCUAAGAUUAACAAGAAACAUGAGGUUAACCGUUGGAAGGUCGACGGCAGAUAUUGAAGAAAUAAACAGUUUUGCCAAAUGGCUUUUGGAUUUGGGUGAGGGUAAUGUUGGUGGUCCAAAUGAUGGGGAAGCAACUAUUCAAAUACCACAAGAUCUUCUGAUUACUGAUGAAUCUGACCCAAUUGCAAGUUUAAUUGAUUUUGUUUAUCCAUCAAUCUUGCAAAACAUCAAGAACCAUAAUUAUUUCAGUGAGCGCGCUAUACUUGCACCGAAUAAUGAUGUUGUGCAUGAGAUUAAUGACAGGUUGCUAUCAAUGUUUCCUGGUGAAGAAAGAGAGUAUCUUAGCUCUGAUAGUCUUUAUCCGACCGAAGAUGUAAAUGCUACACAACAAAGAAUAUACUCUCCGGAUGUGCUCAAUGGUCUUAAAAUAUCAGGCUUACCAAAUCAUAGGUUGGUGCUAAAAGUUGGUGUUCCAGUAAUGUUAUUACGAAAUAUUGACCAACGGAAUGGGUUGUGCAACGGUACAAGGCUACAAGUAAAAAAGUUGUACAACCGUGUAAUAGAAGCCGAGAUAAUAUCUGGUGCAAAUAUUGGUACUUCUACAUAUAUACCUCGAAUUAAUUUAAUUCCUUCUGAUAAAAAGAUUCCUUUUGCUUUUCAAAUGAGGCAAUUUCCACUUGCCGGUGAAAACAAGAGAUAG